AUGGCGCGGUUGAGGAUAAACUACGAACGCGAAACCAAACAACUGAUAAAAUCAGUCACUGAUAUUCAGGAUGAAGGAUGCAUGGACUUCAAGACUUGCUAUAGCUUUGCUGUCUCCAACUUCAAGUACCAUCGUUUCUUGUCUGUUGAUUCACACAAUGUGAAUCGGACUAUCAAAGGGCUCUGUGAGAAGUUUGCUGUUCACUCUCAGCUGAAGAAAGCCCAUGACUUAAAGGAACUGACAGACAAAUUCCUUGCUGCGCCAUUAUUUGAGCAGAAAAAUUUUGGUCAUACUGACUCCCACUAUGCCAUCCUAAGUUUACUGAUUAAUCUUGCCCAGAAUCCAACCAUCAAGGGAGAUUUUGAAUCCAAGAAAGUCAUAGUUCCCGAAGAGGAAGAAGGCUUUGACUGGACCAGUUACUUAAUGGAAGGUGUGGAUGUCUACCGAGGACCAUAUCCAGAUUCUCCUGAAUGGAGUGAAUCAGAUGGAAGUGAGACCGACGAGCAAAGAAGUGAAAUUGUCAGUGAAAAGCUGAACAGUUCCAAAACCAGUUCCAUAGAAUAUGGCUCUCACUCGAAUCAGGAGUCGAUCCUCAUUGAUCCCCAGAGAAUACAAAGCACAGAGCCGAAAGGUUAUGUAUGGUUGGGUCAGAACAUCAUACCACCAUAUUGGAAUGGGGCCUUCCAGAAGAUCCCUGAAUCUCAAGGAUAUUAUAAUGUUGUCAAAGACUGGAAUUGUUAUGAGACCAAAAUAAAUCCCUUAUUAACAUGUGCUCCCAAAACGAUUAUAACAGAGACACAGGUUAUACGAGAGACUCUGUGGAUGUUGCAAGGCAUUUCCGAAUUGUUUGUGUAUGAACGUGCUGGCAUUGUCUAUCACCUGAGGGAUAAUGUCUGUUUAUCUCACCUGACACAGGUGGCCUUGAAAAAGAGCCUGCAGGAAUUCAUGACUGCUGGAACCCUGAUUUGGGAACUGGAAAGUUUUAUUGAAUCUGUGAUCACACCUGACUUGAACCCAGAUGAUGCCAAUGACCCCAGUGAACCAGGCUUGUCUCUCACAUUCCAGGCUUUUGCCCACUCUGUUUGCAGCUUUCUUAAUGAGUAUAAAGCCAUCUUGUCCAGUAUUGAAAAGGAUCUGCAGAAACAAGAACAGACGCACACUAUUAUGCAGCUGAAGGCACAACUACAGCCCUGGUUUCAGAAGCUCUUCCUGGUUCACAGUGUUUACAAGAAUGGAGUCUAUAAAUUUCCAUCUCUGAAGAGUAACAAUGAGAAAGCUGCUUUGCUUUUGAGUUGUCUUUUUGACACUGUCAUGGAGUUGGAUUCUAUAGCUCAGAAAGAAUCGUUGAGUGUGUUGAUGCCUAUUUGGAUAGAGACCAGUCGUCCCUAUAUAGAUAUUAUUGAUGACUGGAUCACGAAUGGACGCCUUGUAGAUGCUCGAGAUGAAUUCAUUAUCCAAAGAAACAAAACUGAAUUGGUUCCCGAUGAGACGUUCUGGAAACAGUCCCUGAUAGUGAAUUUCUCUGAGAGUCACCAUUCAAAAAGCAGCUUUGAAGAAGAGGAAGAAGGAACAAAAGAAGAAAUAAAGAGUGAGGAAACUGUACAGACCGAUGCAUUUAAUGCUGAUACAGCAUACAGCAUCCUUGAAUGGACGCCGCACUUCUUGCAAGCCAUUCUUGAGCCUGUCAUCAAAGCUGGAAAGUCGAUGGAUGUUUUCAGCACCCUCAACUGCCUGAACAAUGUUUUGGCAUCAAGAAACCUUCUUGAACGAGAGCAGAAGUCCUUAUAUGAGGUGUUCCUUAACUCACUGUCACAUUUCCAAGACAACUUUGGACCUGAGAUCUGUGAUGACCAAUCACAAACUUUAAGCAACUUGGUGCCUGUUCCCAAAAAUCCCAUAUAUCAAAUGUUGCAAGAUCGACCUGAUGCACUGUUACAAAUCAACAUGGAUUCCUUGUUUGUCCCACCAGUUCGUACCAAAAUGUGGCAAGAUCAUCAAAAUGUCCGGAAAAUUGUUGAUGAGUACCUGAACCAUUGGCAAUGCAUCCAGCCCUUAGACUGUCUUCUUGAGAACUGCCUGUAUCCCCACAUCAUAAAUAAAUCAACAUGGGUAUGUCGCGAACUGGUGAAUGCCUUGAUUACAGAACACCAUCUCCUUGAUUACCUGCAAGCUAUGAGGAACUUUUUCCUAAUGGAAGCAGGCGAUACAAUGUUUGAUUUCUAUACAAAUCUUUUCAGUCAGUUACGGUUCAGCAUUCACCCUUUAAAAAAUCUCACCAUUUUAAACCAAGCCCUUACACAAGCAGUGGAGAAAAAUUUCCCUGAGGAAAUAGACAAAUUGUGUGUCUAUGUGGAGCACGUGCCAGGCCUUCUUGACAAUAGCUCUCAAAGCUUCCAACUAAAUGAUACAGACUGUAUCAAAUUAUCAUAUACAAUUCCUUGGCCUAUUGAUAUUGUCCUGGAUUCUAAAAACCUCAAGAAAUAUAACCAAAUUUUCAACAUGCUUCUUCAUAUUAAACGGGCAAAAUACUGCCUUGACCAACUUCGGUUUGAUGAACUUGACAAGCCCUUACUAAAAGAUCAGGUACAGGAGUGGAGGGAAGAAAAAGUGCCUCGCAAACAGAAGAUCCACAGACUUCACAUCUUACGAAUGCGGCUUCUGUGUUUUGUCAACACCCUCAACUCGCACAUUAUGACACGAAUUCUUACUUGUGGAGAUUUAAUGUCUGACAUUCAAUCUGCGAUGAACUUGGAUGAAGUAAUCGCCUGCCAUGAUCAGUUUCUUGAACAAAUUUUAGAGCGAUGCUUCCUUGGCAAAAAGAACUCUGCACUGAGAGACUCGCUUAAUCAAGUACUGAACAUCACCCUACAGCUCAACACACACUGGAAUCGUGGAAUUGAUGAUAUCAGCCUUGAAACUUUAAGUCGUAUGGAAGAACACUUCAAAAAAUGGAUCCCCUUUCUUCGGUGGUGUUUUGACACUAAAAUAGCAGCUGGUCAGUACCCGCACUUAGAACAGCUGAUAUCUUCAUUGGCAUUAUCAAAUGAACAGCCGAACUCAUCAAUCUGA